CCUCGGUCUGUGCUUCCGGUUGCUCCCCCGGCCCCCGAGACCUCGCGGCGGGAGUAGUGAGCCGGGCAAGGGGUGCUGCCACCCCGCCCCUGGGCGUUGGGCCUAGAAAUCGCUAGCCAUGGACCGGGAUCUUCUCCGGCAGUCAUUGAAUUACCACGGGCCGUCAUUGCUCUCCCUGCUCCGGAGCGAACAGCAGGACAAUCCGCACUUCCGGAGCUUGUUGGGGUCUGCCGGGUUGGCGGAGCCUGCCCGGGGCCCGCCUCUCCAGCAGCAGAUUCAGGGCAGAAAAGAGAAGAGAGUUGACAACACUGAAAUACAAAAAUUCAUUUCCAAAAAAGCUGAUCUGCUUUUUGCACUUUCUUGGAAGUCAGAUGCACCUGCAACUUAUGAAGUUAGUGAAGAUAGUGAAGAUCAUUAUGCAAUCAUGCCACCUUUAGAGCAGUUCAUGGAGAUACCUACUAUGGAUCGGAGGGAACUGUUUUUCCGAGAUAUUGAGCGUGGUGAUAUAGUGAUUGGAAGAAUUAGUUCCAUUAGGGAAUUUGGAUUUUUCAUGGUGUUGAUUUGUUUAGGCAGUGGCAUCAUGAGAGAUAUAUCACACUUAGAAAUCACAGCUCUCUGUCCAUUAAGAGAUGUGCCAUCUCACAGUAACCACGGGGAUCCUUUAUCAUAUUACCAAACUGGUGACAUCAUUCGAGCUGGAAUCAAGGAUAUUGACAGAUACCAUGAAAAACUAGCAGUAUCUUUAUAUAGCUCAUCUCUUCCACCACACCUGUCUGCUAUUAAAUUAGGUGUAAUUAGUUCUGAAGAACUUCCAUUGUACUACAGGAGGAGUGUUGAACUAAGUAACAGUUCUUUGGAAUCCUAUGAAAAUAUCAUGCAGAGUUCCUUGGGAUUUGUUAAUCCUGGAGUAGUUGAAUUCCUUCUAGGAAAACUAGGAAUAGAUGACACUAACCCUCCAUCUUUAAUGAGAGGCCUACAAAGCAAAAACUUCUCUGAGGACGAUUUUGCUUCUGCAUUAAGAAAGAAACAGUCUGCAUCUUGGGCUUUAAAAUGUGUGAAGAUUGGAGUUGAUUAUUUUAAAGUUGGCCGUCAUGUCGAUGCUAUGAAUGAAUACAAUAAGGCACUGGAAAUAGACAAAGAAAAUGUGGAAGCUUUGGUAGCUCGUGGAGCAUUAUAUGCAACAAAAGGAAGUCUUAACAAAGCAAUAGAAGAUUUUGAGCUUGCACUGGAAAACUGUCCAACUCAUAGGAAUGCAAGAAAAUACCUCUGCCAGACACUUGUAGAAAGAGGAGGCCAGCUAGAAGAAGAAGAAAAAUUUUUAAAUGCUGAAAGUUAUUAUAAGAAAGCUUUGGCUUUGGAUGAGACAUUUAAAGAUGCAGAGGAUGCUUUGCAGAAGCUUCAUAAAUAUAUGCAGAAAUCUUUGGAAUUAAGAGAAAAACAAGCUGAAAAGGAAGAAAAGCAGAAAACAAAGAAAAUAGAAACAAGUGCAGAAAAGUUGCGUAAGCUCUUAAAAGAGGAGAAAAGGCUGAAGAAGAAAAGAAGAAAAUCAACUUCCUCUUCAAGUGUUUCCUCUGCUGAUGAGUCAGUUUCUUCAUCAUCCUCCUCUUCUUCUGAUCACAAAAGGCAUAAGAAACAUAAGAGGAACCGCUCAGAGUCUUCUCGCAGUUCCAAAAAGCAUUCAGCUAAAGCAUUCUCAAAUCAGAUAGAUCAGAAUAAGAAAGAUGACUCUUACCCAGUUCCAGCCAAUACUUCAGCAUCUUUUCUUAACCAAAAACAAGAAGUGGAAAAACUACUGGAAAAGCAGGAUAGGUUACCAUAUCAAAAGAAACAGGUAAAAGAGAAAGAUAGAUGCACUCUCUCUUCAUCUGCAGUUGAAAUUCCGGAUGAUUUUGGAGGUAGGUCUGAAGAACCAAGAGAUUUUUAUAAUAAUUAUAAAACUCAGGCAGGUAGUAGCAAAACAGAAAAGCCAUAUAAGUCAGAAAGACAUUUUUCUAAUAGAAGAGAUUUCUCAGAUUCCUGGUACAGGAAUUCAGAUGACAAGUUAAAAAUUCAUGGUUACAAAAGAUUUGAAAAAGAUACUGAGGGAAGAAAAGAGCAUUAUAGGAGGUGGGAUUCAUCCUCCAUGAGGUAUUCUUCUUCCCCAGCAAAUUCAGACUACUCUUGGAAGUCAGUUGAAAAAUAUAAAAAAAACAGUUAUUCUGGAUCACGUGAUUUCAGCAGACAUGAACAAAGAUACCAAUUAAAUAAAAAUCAAGAAUAUGAAAGAGAGGAUAAUUAUGGGGAAGAUACUAAAACAGAGGUUCCAGAAAAAGAUGAACUAAAUAGCAAAGAACAAUCAGAAAGUGGAAUUAAAAAAAAUUUACCUCAGAAUUUACUAAAUAUAUUUAAUCAGAUAGCUGCAUUUGAAAAGGAAAAAGGAAAUAAGCCAAAAAAUUAAUAUGCCAGGGAAUAUGGCACCAUUUUAUUAAAAGCUGCUGAUAAAAGUUUUGGGUCUUAGUCCAAAUAACCCAGUUCAGGAAUCUGCUCAAGUUAUUUUAUUUGUAGAGAUUGCAAAAAAGCAAAUAAAUGUUUUUUUAGCUUUUCUCAAGUACAUUUGUUUUAGUUGUAGCUUGCCUUUCCACAGCUUUAUGUGUUUUGUAUGUUUGUGUAUAGUAUUUCCUUCUUUGGAUGAUUUAAAUUUCACUGAUCAGUAACUCAAAAUAUUGUUUCUUCACUGUACUAUGGUGUAUAAGAAUUUGAGUCCACCCUCCUACUGUUUGAUAGAAAAUUAAAUUUAUACAUUGAAUGCAUGGAUCGUGUUCAUCAAAAUUUCUUUUUCCUGUUAAAAACCCUUGGCUUUUGAAAGAA